AACGUCCCGAUCGUGUUUCGGGGUCCAAACGGUGCGGCCGCAGGCGUUGCUGCUCAGCACAGUCAAGAUUACUCAUCGUGGUACAGCCAUUGCCCAGGGCUGAAAGUGGUCGCCCCGUUUUCGUCAGAAGAUGCCAAAGGACUGCUAAAAACUGCCAUUCGAGACGAUAAUCCGGUGGUCUGUCUGGAAAAUGAACUUUUGUACGGGACCACGUUCCCUAUGUCUGACGAGGCAAUGAGCGAAAACUUUCUCAUUCCUUUUGGUGUCGCCAAGAUCGAGCGCGAGGGCAAGGACAUCACGCUUGUCUCCUUCAGCAAGGCGGUUCAGAUUUGUCUCGAUGCUGCACUGGAACUCGAAAAACUUGGCGUAUCCGCGGAAGUCAUCAAUUUGAGGUCACUUCGACCGAUGGAUUUUGAUUGCAUUAAGAAGAGUAUCAUGAAGACCCACCACUUGGUGACCGUCGAAAACGGAUGGCAUAUGUGUGGCAUCGGUGCAGAAAUCGCCGCGUGCACAAUGGAGUCCGAAGCGUUCGACUACCUUGACAGCCCUGUGCUU